AUGCUAACUUCAGUGGCCGCCCUCGUUCUAUCGGCCACGAUGGUUUCUGCCCUUCCCGUCCCUGACGGCACUUGGCCCGUGAGCAAAGGCAACGUCAGCUUCGACAAGGCGCACACGAUCAAGGCUGGCGAAGUAUUCGACGGCAAAAUGCAGACGUUUGACCGCUCCAACCUCAUGUGCCACGGGCAGGAGGAGAGCGGCAACUCUACCGCCGUCUUCCUCCUCGAAACGGGCGCUACUCUGAAGAACGCCAUCAUCGGCGCGAACCAAAUGGAGGGUAACGUCUGGUGGGACGAUGUGUGCGAGGACGCCUUGAGUAUUAAGGGCGGCGACGCCUCCAGUGUGUCGCGCGUUCUUGGCGGCGGUGCUCGCUACGCGGACGACAAGAUCAUCCAGCACAACGGUCUCGGUACGGUCAUCGUCGACGGCUUCUUCGCGCAAGACUUCGGCAAGCUGUUCCGCUCCUGCGGCUCGUGCAAGAACAACCCGGCGCAGCGCUUCCUCAACAUGCGCAACGUGUACGCAGAUCUCGAGGUCAUCAAGACGCAGCGCGUGGACCCGAACGUGAGUAUCGUCAUGAUGAACGAGAACUACAACGACGAGGCCGUUCUGCACAACAUCUUCGUCAAGCCGGGCGCCGAGAACUACACCGAGUGCGGCUGGUCUCGCGGUGUGCAGAAGGGCGAAAAGCCUCUCAUCCUGGGCAACGGACCGAAGAAACCCGUGUGCCAGUACGCGAUGAGCGACAUUCACCUUGUGGACGGCAAGGACAACCAGCAACAGCAAGAAGAGCAAGCGCCGGGGACGGUGGUUCCUGCCAAGGGGCUCAACUAG